AUGCACCGCGUGGCGUGCACACCGGCGGAAUUAUGGGAUAUAGUCCUCCGGCGGCGCGGUGCCGCCAUGUCUCCCCGAGAGAAGCGGCGGAUCGCGCUCUUCUCACUGGUGGGACUGCUCGUCGCGAUCCUUUGCCUUGCCCUCGUGUUCAUUCCGAUCGUUGUAUAUGCAGUAUUCAUUUCUGCGGUUAUUUCAUUUUCUCUGUUUUAUCAUUUGAACGGACCGCAACAACAGAUUCGUAUAGGCCCACCUCCUCGAGCUGGCCUGACUUUACCGCCCGCUGUUAAACGCUGGUUACCGGGCAAGACUGCUAACGGUUUCUCAUCCCCUGGCAGCCGAGGCUUUCGUGGACCACUGAGGGGAGAUAUUCGGGAGUCAGCGGGUCACAUUGUCAACCGUUCUCACAAGUCAGAGGCAUCGGCAGAGGACAGCAGUGGCUCCUUAUUGUUUAGUCCAAACGAUUUUCUAAUGGGGAGCUACCUGGCAAAAACUGAGAAUCCCUCAGUGGCAGGAGGAACCCGCGAGUUACGGGAAAAAUUGUCUCGGCCCAACCAAUACUUGCAGAGUCCGAACCGGAGGUUGUCUUUCGGGGAUCACGUGGGUCAUUGCAGAUUUACAGUUACACCUCAUCGUCGAUAUGCCAUUCAGCAGGCAGGGUACAGUUCAGUUGGAGUGUUGCCAAGUGUACAGUGGGAUGGCUUUCACAAGAAAAGUGUUCUUUUGCCACGCAACUCGGCCAUGCCCCACAGUCCGGUGACAGUGAAGAUUGCACGACCAGACUCUGGAAAAUUUCGGUCUCCGUUCCUUGAAAAUCUGGCUUCUCCGGUGACUUUCCAGUCACCCCUGGCAGAACCCUCAACAGUAACUGUUUCAGAUCCUUGUGCAAAGGAAACUGUGCUAAAUGCACUAAAGGAGAGUAGGAAGAGAAGGGUGGAAGAAGAGGAGGAAAGAAGUUUCAAUGAAGAACAAGACAACAAAAGAAGACGGCAUGACAGUAGUGGGAGUGCACAUUCUGCUUUUGAGCCACUUCUUGCAAAUGGGUCUCCUUCCCUUCUCAUUCCCAAGCCGGGAAGCCUCAAACGGGGUUCCACUCGCUUGUCUUGGAGGAUACUGUGGAUGAAAAGGUCCCGUACUUCCACUGGGAACUCACAGAACUGUGGCGUUCCAGGAUCGGCACGCAAUCCUGUCCUCAGCUCCUAUAGUUCCUUGCGGGGUUAUUCUAAGUGGAAGAAAAAUUCCACCUUUAACACAUCUCCACUGUCCAGCCCUGAAUCUUCUCGGCCUCAGACGCCAGAACGGGCACCUAAAAAACCCAGGGAUGAUGAGAUUCACCAGUCCCACUCCUCCACUCCAGUUAAACAGACAAAAGUAUGGAAGGAGCAAACCUGCAAAAAUAGGUUAGUAGAAAGAUUUCUCUCCCAUACCUUGCACCCCUUGAAAAACAAGCCCUCUCCACAGCUUAACUCUACACCUCCCACCACCACUCCUAAUUCUACAUCAGUAUCCCCGGGUCAUUCUUCUGAAGCUGUAGGCAAACGCAAACGCAAGAUCCCUUUGGUGUCCUGCCGUAGGGGAGAGCAGAUUGCACUGCCCCCUCCACCAGAGUUAGGCUAUAAAAUCACUGUAAGUGAUCUUGAUUUUGAGAAGAAAGCAGUAUUGAAUAUGAUAAAGAAGGUCUUUGAGGAGGCAGAGCCAGCCAAAUCAUCUGAUUUACCAUCAACAUCCACACAGAGCCCAUUGGUGACAAUAACUCCAGCCACAGCUGUCUCCUCUGCUCCUGGUAUACUACUGGAUUGGUCUAAUCAAAACUCCACAUUCACUUCAAGCUUUUCACCCGUCACAAGUUCACAACCGAUUUCUACAGUUGCUCCCCCCUCUUCCUCUGGGCUAACCUUGUUACCUAACUCUACAGCUACUUUGACUACGCCUAUUGUCACUUCUUCUCCAGCAAAUCCUGAUAAUUCCACCAUUACCAGUCCUCUGCUGCAGUCUUUAGGGAAUAUACCAAACACGUCAGUGGCUGCCCCAGGCACCACCACAACUCCUACAUCUAAUGUAGAUUCUGGGAUUGCUCCUGCUUCUACUCCAGUGAAUGCUGCUUUAGCUGCCAAUGCUUUUGGACAGUUACUUAAAUCUCCCCUCCAAACUACAGAGAAUAGCUUGGCCCUUCCAGGACAGCUGAGCAAUACCCAAUCUACUGUCCCUCCUGUAUCUACUACCUCAUUUAGCAGUGCCCCUGCGUUCUCUGCUUUCAAACCUGUUUUUGGUGCUCCAACCACUAAGGCUGCACCUCCAGUGUCAACACCAGCUCCAGCAACCACCUUUAAACCCAUAUUUGGAAAUGGCACAGCUGAAAAUCAUUCACAUUUUUUAGGUACGAAUACUAAUCCUUCAUUCAACUUUAGCAGCCAGGCCACUACAACUGCACCUGCAUUUGGAGCAAAUAGUCAGCCUUUGUUUGGGAAUACUUCUGCCUCGUUCUCCUUUGGGAAAAGCACCACAACUGCUACAGCAGCUCCAAUAUUUGGAUCCAACACACAGACAUCCUCUAGCUCUACCAGUAGCUCAGUUUUUGGAGUCACCCUUACUGCACCAACAGGGUUUUCUUUUGGAUCCCAGGCCAGUGCUCCCCACUAUUCAGAGCUCCUCUCAGUCAGGCACAGGAGGGGUUUAACUUUGCAGCAGCCAAUACACAAUUUGGAGCCCCAACAGCAAACCAAACAGAGUGCAAAUGAGAGCAAGCCAGGUUUUGGAGGUAAUCUGGUUCCAGCAUUUGGGCAGAGCUCAUCUUCGACGCCUAUGUCCUUUGGAAGUCCCACCCACACCAGCUUUCAGGGCUUCAACAACAUGGUCCCCUCAACACCCUUUGGUUCUGCUACGCCAUCUUUCUCCAUUGGUUCUGGUUCAAAGCCCUCUGGCAGACAGAGGUUACAGGCCCGAAGACAGCAUCCCCGGAAGAAAUAAGGAAAAAGCAAAGCAUUUUAUCCAUCAGUGUUCUGCAAACAAUGUGAUGAACUCAAAUGAUGACCAUUCUUCUUGACUUACUUGAACAAACUACUCUAAUAGUGGACUGGGUGCUGUACAUAUCUGCUUUCAUCUGACCUCCUUGUGUUUUCAUAUUUUUUACUGCAAUUCUUUUCAGUCUAUUUUGUAGCAUCCAUUCAUGUUCUCACACCCUAGGCAUAUGGGUGCAGGGGUGCAAGGUUGCAGGAAACACUUGCUUUUUGGAGUUGUAAGAAGUAUUUAUACCUUGGAGGAUGGGACUAGCACUUUGUUCAAACCUUUGAGUGUGUUUGCUUUGUCGCUUUUGUCUUCUUUUCUGUUUUUUCAUUGUGGUAGACUACCUCUGCUGUCCUGUUUUUGUUUUUUUUGUUUUUUUUGUUCUUUAAAGGCAUGGUGAUUUCUCCCCACCACCCCCUGCCCCUCCUAGGACCAAUGCCACAUAUUUCAAUAUUUUAUAGAUGCUAAAGAACUCGAAUCUUUCUUUUUGUAGUUUAAGAAGCAGUUUUUAAUUUUAGAAAAGUGUUCUUAGUCUCCAGGUACUCCUUCCCACUGCAUAACCCCCCAUAUGCCAUUAAAGUACAUAUUGCUGCUGGCCUGUCUGUUCUUCUGUAUAUUCUGAUAUAUGGAUAGAGUUAUGUUAAACUCUCUUAACUCAUUAUUGUAAUUAUUAUUGCUAUGAUAAUUGUCUCUCAUUGAAUCAAGUUUGGAGGAAAGUAUGAUGAAUGGCGGCAUAUUGGUAGUGCCGGACUCGAUUUUACCUUGGCGGGGGCUUAGGGUCGUGCAUUUUGUAUGGGGACGGGGUGGAUGAUUAUUUCUGAGCGAGACUGUAGUGUUACAUUAAUAUAUUUGUAUAAUAUGUAUUAUAUAUUUAAAGCAAAAAUGUGAUUAAACAAACCGGCUGCCUCACCUUUGCACUGGCCAGUGGGGUUUUGUGCUGCUGCUAUGUGUUGUAUGGGUGCGAGGGAGCGGCCAGCUGUGUUCCAGUAAUGUGACAGUCAGACGGCCUGCUUCUUUACUCGAGCACCAGGAGGAUGAACCGAUUUGUCUAAGCCCUCUCGCUGAAACAUAUUAACAGACGCACAAAUGGCCCGCUCCCUGGGGCGUUGUCAUUGAAGUAUGAAUGUGUGUGAUUGGCGCAAAAAAAAAAAAAAACAAAAAAUCUUCCAAAAAAUAAAUUUAGGCACCAGGCCAGAAAAAAGUCAAAGAGCUCUAUUUUUAUAUUAAAGGAUGUUGGCCUUGUGUUCCUUCAAGCUGGGUUCAGUGUGAAGAGAUGCUGUUAGUUUAGGUCUUAACCUUUUCUGUUACGAAUCGUGUGUGGUUUCUAUUUCUUACAGUGCAUGUGUGAGCAGCGUGAGUGUCCGGGACAUUGUGCUGAAAUUGUAAUGCCUCCACCAGCAGCUGGUGAGAAACCAGUGUUAGCCUGGGUAUGCCAAGUCCAGCCAGCACUGAAGGGGUCAUCAUUCAGCACUUGGCUUGUACUGGCUUUGUCUCCCAAUUCUUCUCCUCCUGUGUUUUCUUUUUUUCUUUUUUUUUCUUUUCUUUUUUUAAUCACCUUUGGAGUCUCGUAUGUAAUGUUGUAAAUAGUGAAAGUGGGUGAUCCUGUGCUGACUGCUGUCGUGUUUGCAGAAUGUGUGAUCAGGCCAGAGUGGCCCCUCUCUUAGCAUGAUGGGAUAUGCUCACAUGUUGUAGCUUAAAUACACCUUUAAAGUCAAAAAUGAAAUGUUGAUGUCCAGGAGUAAAAUUAACUUUAACCCCUCAACAUGCUCCGUAUGCUGCAGCUAGUGCUUAAACCGAUGCAUUGCUUGCGGCAGAGGUAUAAAUGUAAACCAGCCCAUUUGAAAUGAUCCAAGUUUGGGCUAGCAAAGUUGAUAGCAGUUGAAACGAACUAUUCGGGGUCUCUGAAGUGCCGCAUUGUCUAUCCUGCUGUCCUGAAAUUAAGUGUGCCCAGCUAUGCAUAUCCCAUUAAUGGAUGUUUGCGUCAUUUUUGUGUCUUACCUUUCCCUUGGACUGAUGGUGUGCAGAGUGAUUGCAAAACAUGACUAUGUAUAGUUUCUCAUUAUGUCAUUAAAUGAUUUUAAAUAAAAUUGUGAUUCUUCUAUGA